GCUAGUACAUCGAUCAUACAGUGCUCUGUUUAGUAUUUGGACUAACAACUGCAAUACCCUCUUUGUUCUUCUGGGAGAAUCCUUUCUGGUUAUUGUGGUUUGACACAAUGCUCAACCUUAUUGGUAGACGUCGAUGCUUAUCUGCUGAACUAAAUUCAUCAAAUGUGUUGUUGUUCAUAGAUUCUUCAGCAAUCAUGCAAUGGCACCGAUCAAUGACCACUAGUAAAAGAGUCCAAGACAGAAGCAAGAAGAAGCGGGUGCAUGACCUUGAAAUAGUCACAGAGAAUCACAAAAUACUCUCCAAAGUCCUAUUAAUAUUUGAAGUCCUUAAGCAGGAGCCUCAACAAAUCAUAUCGAUUAGGGAACUUGAUGAUUAUAGAAGACAACUAAACCUCCCAAAACCCCAUAAACUCUCGAACUUCCUACGGAAAUCCCCCAAGCUUUUUGAGCUGUACAAGGAUGAUAGAGGGAUCUUGUGGUGUGGUCUGACAAAGGAGGCUGAGGAUUUAGUCCAGGAAGAGGAGGCUAUUAUUGAACAACACAGUGAUAAAGCUGCAGAGCUUGUGACUAGGAUGCUGAUGAUGUCUGUAGACAAGUGCCUUGCCUUAGAUAAAAUUGUUCAUUUCAGAAGAGAUUUGGGGUUGCCAAUGGAUUUUAGGAACCAUUGGGUGCGGAGGUUUCCUGAUCACUUUAGAGUUGUUCAGCCAUUCAAACCUUAUGAUGAAAGUGAGUACUUAGAGCUUGCAAAUUGGAAAUCAAGUUGGGCUAUGACAGAGUUAGAAAGAAAGGCGUUGGGGGUUAUGCAUGCGCCAGAUGAUCACGUACCUGGUCCUCUUUCCUUGUCUUUCCCCAUGAAAUUUCCACCUGAUUAUAAACAAGUGUUGUCCAGAUAUAAGGGGAAAAUAGAGGAUUUUCAGAAGCGGGAAUACUUGUCACCUUAUGCAGAUGCCAGUGAAUUAAAGGCUGGAACACUGGAAUUCAAUAAGAGAGCAGUUGCAGUGAUGCAUGAGCUGCUGAGUUUUACAGUCGGAAAGAGGUUGGUGACAGAUUACUUGACUCAUUUUAGAAAGGAGUUUGUAAUGCCUCAGAAACUGAUGAGACUGCUGCUUAAACAUUUUGGGAUCUUUUAUGUUUCAGAAAGAGGCAAAAGGUUUCAUGUAUUUAUCAACAGUGCUUAUGAAGGUUCUGAGUUGAUCGAGAAACAUCCUUUGAUUGUUUGGAGGGAAAAAGUUCUAAGCUUUGUUGGUUACAGAAAGAAGAAGGAAACAAUGGACACUCUUACAGAUUUGCAGGAAUAUGAAGAUGAUGAUAUGUUUGAGAGUGAGUCAGAAGAUGAAAAUGUUCAAGUGGAAAACAACAAGCUGACUAUGGGUAGUUUAGAGGGAGAUUUUCUGGAAAAUGAAUCCGAGAUGGAGAUAGAUGAGGUUUGUAGUGCAUACAGGGAAUGAGAAGUUAGCAAUUCAUAGUAGCAUGAAGAAUCUUGAAGUCGGGAAUCUCCUUUCCCUGCAUACUGUAGUCACAGUUUGAUCCUAAUUGGCAUGUGUUUAUUUGCACAUUCAUUGAUUGCAUAAAGUAGCAGACGUUCUUGGUUUACUCCGUGUUCUUCCAAGAUUUAUUUAAUGAGUUUGCUAGCCUCGACUUCAAGAGUCCUGAUCUUAAAACCGUUUUUCUUUUUGCAUAAAAUAUAGAGUCAGAUAAUUUCUUCAAUGCACUGAAAGGUCACGGUACCCUUUGUUGCCUUGUAAUUCUUCCAUAUGAGAGUCACGGUUAUGGAGCACGUGAGAGUAUAAUGCAUGUACUCUGGGAGACUGAUAGGUGGCUUCCAAAUCAUUGUGUAUAUACUUCAGAUGUCAA